AUUUACGUGGCGCAGCCAAGACCGUUCAGUCUCGUGUUAUUAACACCUUUACUGAGCUUUGGUUAAGUACAUAGACUGACGCUGGAGUUCGCAGAAGCUACUGCCUUUGAUUGUUUUCUUGUCCUCCAAGUUUUGAUCUGUAUUCCUCCGCCAAACAGCCUGCGGAGAAAGUGCUCGGGCUAUUUUUGUGACUGCCGAGGGUAUGGAACCUCUGCGGAAGCAGGCGAAGGAUAAUCCGUCGACUUCGGCUAAUCUUCUCUCAAAGAUUUUCUUCUGUUGGCUGAAUCCCCUGUUCAGUAUCGGCUACAAGAGGAAAUUGGAAGAAGAUGACAUGUACAAAGUUCUACCUGAGGAUGCGUCUAAGGGACUUGGAGAGGAACUACAGAGGUAUUGGAAUCACGAAGUUCAACAGGCAGCAAAAGAAAUGCGUCCCCCAAAACUUUCCAAAGUUGUUGUUAAGUGCUUUUGGAGAUCAUAUUCACUAAUUGGAAUAUACAUCUUCCUAGGGCACAUCCACAUCUCUGUCUUCUAUCAGGAGAUUCUCAAAGUCAUUCAGCCACUGCUACUUGGGAAGCUUAUUGGGUAUUUUGAGAAUCAAGACUCGGUCAAUAAAUCUGCAAUCUAUGAGGCCUAUGGCUAUGCUGCAGGCAUCUCGUUGUCCACCAUAUGCCUGACUGUGCUUCAUCAUCUUUACUUCUACCAUGCGCAACGAGAAGGCAUGAAGAUCCGUGUGGCCAUGUGCCACAUUAUCUAUCGGAAGGCUCUGUGUCUAAACAACACUGCAUUUUCCAAAACUACCACAGGACAAAUUGUCAACCUUGUAUCAAAUGAUGUCAAUAAAUUUGACGAGGUAACCCUACAUCUGCAUUUUUUGUGGAUUGGACCCCUACAAGCAGUUGUCGUGAUAGUAUUGUUGAUAUAUGCAAUUGGCCCAUCAUGCCUUGCGGGAAUGGCUGUCUUCUUCAUCUUGAUGCCUUUACAAACCAUGUUUGGACGUCUGUUCUCCAGACUAAGGGCUGAAACAGCAGUGUUUACAGAUGACCGAAUACGCACAAUGAAUGAAGUCAUCUCUGGAAUCCGUGUAAUAAAGAUGUAUGGGUGGGAGAAGCCUUUCAUUGCACUGGUGGACGAGGUCAGAAGAAUGGAAAUUGGCAAAAUCAUGAAAAGCUCGUACCUGCGUGGCCUGAACAUGGCAUCUUUCUUUGUGGCCAGCAAGAUCAUCAUCUUUCUCACCGUGUGUGUUUACGUACUGAUGGGGAACGUGCUGACUUCUAGCAGAGUGUUUAUGACGAUUGCCCUCUAUGGGGCAGUCAGACUCACCAUUACACUCUUCUUUCCCUUUGCCAUUGAGAAGGCCUCAGAGUCUCUCAUCAGUAUCAAACGGAUUCAGAAUUUUCUCCUCCUGGAUGAAGUUGCUCCUCAGCGCCUGGAACUUCCUGUGGCAGAGAAGGACUGUAUGGUGGAGAUUAAGGAUUUAAUAUGCUACUGGGAUAAAAUGCUCGAGGCGCCAACUUUAUAUAAUGUGUCUUUCACAGUGAGGCCUGAGCAGCUUGUGGCAGUUAUUGGACCUGUUGGGGCAGGAAAGUCUUCGCUCCUCAGUGCCAUCCUGGGAGAACUGAGCCGCGAAAGCGGUGUGAUCAAUGUCAAAGGAGUGCUGACAUACACAUCUCAGCAGGCCUGGAUUUUACCUGGCACUAUUCGAAGCAACAUCCUUUUUGGCAAGGAGCUCGACCCUGAGAAGUAUGAUCAAGUUCUGAUGGCCUGUGCCCUCAAGAGGGACAUGGACCUCUUGCCAGGGGGUGACUUGGCGAUUGUUGGGGACAGAGGGGCAAACCUCAGUGGAGGACAGAAGGCAAGGGUCAGCUUAGCCAGAGCAUUGUAUCAGGAUGCCGAUAUCUAUUUGCUGGAUGAUCCCCUCAGUGCUGUGGAUGCUGAGGUGGGCCGACAUCUCUUUGAAGAGUGCAUUUGUGGAGUUUUGAGGAAGAAGCCUCGCAUAUUAGUUACUCACCAACUACAGUAUCUGAAAGCUGCAGAUCAUAUACUGGUCUUGAAGGAGGGCCAGAUGGUGGCACGAGGGACGUACAGUGAGUUGCAGCGUUCUGGACUAGAUUUUACCUCUUUGCUUAAGGAGGAGGAGGAAGGCCAGGAAGAUGAGAAGCAAGGCACAUCUCCCAUCCCAGCGGCUGUCUCUAGCCACUCCCGCUCACGUACAAUCUCACUCAACUCUUUGUCCUCCAAGUCCUCCCUAUGCUCUUCUCGUUACUCUUUGAUAGAUGGAGUGGAUCCACUUGCUGUGGCAGUGCAACGAACGGAGGAGGAAGGUCGCUCAGAGGGAAACAUCGGCGUGCGCAUGUAUGUGAAAUACUUCAGGGCAGGUGCUAACUUGCUGGUCCUCUUGGUCCUCCUUUUACUUAAUGUCCUUGCACAUGUUGCCUUCGUCCUGCAGGACUGGUGGAUUGCUCACUGGGCCUCUGAACAAGAGCGCAUCAAUGUGACAGAGCACCUCAAUGGCAGCUUCCCUCAGCAGUUGGACCUUGACCUGUACCUAGGUGUUUACGCAGGUUUAACAGCUUUUUCAAUUGUGUUUGGCUUCCUUCGCUGUAUUCUCUUCUUUAAUGUCCUGGUGAGCUCAGCCCAAACUCUACACAGCAGCAUGUUCAAUGCCAUCCUGCGGACCCCAGUUCACUUUUUCGACGUCAAUCCGAUUGGGAGAAUCCUCAACAGGUUUUCAAAGGACAUUGGUUACCUGGACUCACUCCUCCCAUGGACUUUUGUGGACUUUAUCCAGAUUUUUCUCCAAGUUAUUGGAGUCGUUGUAGUUGCUGCAGUCAUCAUCCCUUGGAUCCUUAUCCCUAUUGUUCCUCUUCUUGCCGUUUUUCUGUAUCUGAGACGCUACUUCCUGCAAACCUCCAGGGAUAUCAAGCGUCUAGAGUCUACCACUCGCAGUCCCGUCUUCUCCCACCUUUCUUCCUCUCUCCAAGGCCUGAGCACAAUCCGUGCCUUCAAGGUUCAGCAGAGGUUUCAGCAAAUUUUUGAUGAACAUCAAGAUCUUCACUCAGAAGCCUGGUUCUUAUUCCUGACUACUUCUCGUUGGUUUGCUGUGCGUCUUGAUGGAAUUUGUUCACUUUUCGUCACCAUUACUGCAUUUGGCUGCCUUUUCCUCAGACAUGGGUUGGAGCCUGGUGCAGUGGGUCUGGCUCUUUCUUACGCUGUUACACUGACAGGCAUGUUUCAGUGGGGUGUCAGACAGAGUGCAGAGAUUGAGAACAUGAUGACGUCGGUGGAGAGAGUGGUUGAGUAUACAGAGCUGGAGAGUGAAGCGCCUUGGGAGACAGAUAAAAAGCCUCCACAUGACUGGCCGAAGGAAGGCUCCAUCACCUUUGACAGAGUCAACUUCUCUUACAGUGCCAGUGAGCCUUUGGUCCUAAAGAACCUGAGUGUUGUCUUCACAGCCAGAGAAAAGGUUGGCAUCGUUGGACGCACUGGUGCUGGUAAAAGCUCCUUGAUCUCUGCUUUGUUCCGGCUGGCAGAACCUGAGGGAAGAAUAAUGAUUGAUGGUUUCCUGACUUCCACAAUUGGUCUACACACUCUGCGCCAGAAAAUGUCUAUAAUACCCCAGGACCCAGUUCUCUUCACGGGCACCAUGAGGAAGAAUCUGGACCCUUUCAGACAGCACACAGAUGAGGACCUGUGGAAUGCACUCCAAGAGGUGCAGAUGAAGGCCGUGGUCGAGGACCUGCCCAAUAAACUGGAGACGCUUCUGAAUGAGUCAGGCUCUAACUUCAGCGUGGGUCAGAGGCAGCUUGUGUGUUUGGCCCGCGCCAUCCUCCGCAAAAACCGCAUCCUCAUCAUUGAUGAGGCCACAGCCAAUGUGGACCCUAGAACUGACAGCCUCAUCCAGCAGACUAUCCGGGACAAGUUUCAAGAGUGUACAGUCCUCACCAUUGCUCACAGGCUCAACACUAUUAUUGACUGUGACAGAAUACUGGUUCUGGACGCUGGCAGGAUCCAGGAGUAUGAUAAGCCGUAUGUGCUGCUGAAGAACCAGGAAGGGUUUUUCCACCAGAUUGUGCAACAGACAGGCAGAGCUGAGGCCGCCUCACUGCUGCACUCAGCCAAACAGGUUUACAUGAACGAAAAGCGAGGGACAGAUGUGCGCUGUGCCAAGGACAACUGUGUCAUCUUUGAGACGUCUCUUUGACAGCUUGGAGAGUCACUGUGGAGCGUCACUGACCAAAACCUUUACCAUAUACUGUACACGUUGUCCCUUUAUUGUGUAUUAAAAGUGCUGCAGCUUUUUUAGCAGACAUAGUAUGUGCUGCAUUUGAUUGUCAUAGUCCUUUGGUCUGGAAUAGAAAAGAGGCAGGCUUUGCCUUUAUUGACAGCAGUUUACUGCAUCACUGUUUAUUGAUUACACUUCUCAAUGUUUAUUUAUGUGUGUUCUGGCCUCUUGGGUAGCUUUAGUCCUGCUCUGGUGCAUAUAUUGGGUGUAUUCACCAAAGGCGAUAAAUUACAGGUGGCUUAAAUUAUUAUUUUAAAACAGACAUAGUUUCCUGCAACUAAGGUCUUUUUAUUAUAUGCUAAGUGCUUGACAAGACAAGGACAAACUCAGAGGAGACACAAGAGUGUUCAGUAAUUAUUGUGCCUUAAUCAGACUAUUGAUUUGUUACAAUUGCACUGUUUUUUUUAUCAGCAUGUCUUUCUGCACUUAAACCAUUGCGGUUUUAUGUCUACCUCAGCUCUUGUCAGGAAAGAUAAAGUUAAAAUGGUGCAUGUCAUUUUAAUGGCAGCGACACUGGCGAACACCAGGGAACAUAGGAGGAAUGUUUUAAAUUUGUGACGGAACUAACAGAAAAUGCAGCACUUUUAAUCACACUACCUACAGCUACGUAUUCAACUUUAAAAUUGGUUUAAUGUUUAAUUUUUAAUUUUGACAUUUUGUAUUUUGUAGAAGGUUAUAUUUCGGUGAGCUUGUACAUGUUGUCACUCGUAAUUGACAAUGGGUGGAAUUCAAAUGACCAGCAAUAAAACAGCAUUUUUAA